AUGUUUCCACUCUAUGUGGCACUAAUGUUAGGCUAUGGCUCAGUGAAGUGGUGGCAUAUGUUUAAUCCCGACCAUUGUGAUGCAAUAAACCAGCUCAAUUGCUACUUUAUCAUGCCUCUCUUCCAAUUUAACUUCACAACUCGCGUCAAUCCAUAUAAAAUGAACUUCCGUUUCCUAGGGGCAGAUGCCAUCUCCAAAGCCCUAAUCAUCAUAAUAAUAUCAUCAUGGGCUAAGUUCACUACGAAAGGAAACUAUCCGUGGUCAAUCACAAGCUUCUCUUUGUCAAGCUUGAGUAAUACACUUGUUGUAGGGGUGCCUCUUAUUCGAGCAAUGUAUGGAACAUUUGGUGAAAACCUUGUCAUCCAAUACUCCAUUUUGCAAUUCACAGUGUGGAUUAUAUCCUUACUGUUGAUGUACGAGUUCUGGAGUGCAAACAAAUCGUUUGAUGAUUCGGUAGCAGUUACAACAAGGGAUCUGGAAGGCAAUAAUGAAGAGGUUACCACACCUUCAAGACCAUCUCUGCUUAUUUUAAUGAAGAUUGUGGGGUUAAAACUCGCUAAGAACCCUAACUCGUAUGCAUGCAUCCUUGGUCUUGCUUGGGCGCUAGUAUCCUACAGGUGGGAUUUAAAAAUGCCUAGCAUUGUGGAAGGAUCAGUAUUGAUAAUGUCUAGAGCUGGUUCAGGUCUUGCCAUGUUUUGCAUGGGAUUGUUCAUGGCAUUACAACGAAAGAUAAUUGAUUGUGGUGCAACCUUAGCUGCAUUUGGGAUGCUACUGAGGUUUGUGGUAGCACCAGCAUCGAUGGCAGUUUGUUCUCUUAUCGUGGGUUUACGCGGUGAUGUCUUAUGUAUUGCCAUCAUUCAGUUUUUAACGUACAAAGCACAAACAUAUUUAAAUAUGGAGGAGCUUGGAGAUAAACACAACAGACCACUCCCAACCAAGAUUACUACAUGGGUUGAACCAAUUAAUAUCACUACAUUUCGUACGUCUAUUGAUCCAAAGAAAUGA